GCAGCUCCUCAGAGCUCAGUCUGCUCAUCCGUGGGUGGUGGAGGUGGUGCAGACCCCAUCCCACUGGGGACUGGGCCGGACAGCCUGUGAGGCAGUCAGCCGGUGCCUGGCCGGAGGGUGUCUGAAAGGCCUCUUGGCUGCAGCGCAGGGGGGAUCUGCUUUUGGGACAGCUCUUCAAAGCCAUCUCAGAAGGGACAGCAUCCGCCUGUCUGCUUCAGCUCCCACUGAUGACGUCCAUGUGUCAUUAGUGCCAAUUAGAGGAGGGCAGCAGGCAGAGUGCUUGGCCUGGGGCGCAAGCUUGUGGGAGGGACAAUUGAAUUCCCCACCAGACAAAUGUGAUUAUCCAUGUUACUUGGACCCACCCCAUUCAGGACCGGGGCAUAAAUAGCCAGGUGGGACCACAGAGCUCACCCCAGCCAUGCAGGCCCCCAGUCGGUGGUGUCGUUGGGCCAGCCUGCCCUGCCCCAGCGUGAGGGAGGCCGCCUUCAUGUACAGCACAGCAGUGGCCGUCUUCCUGGUCAUCCUGGUGGCUGCACUGCAGGGCUCAGCUCCCCCUGAGAGCCCCUUCCUCUACCGCAUCCCCCUGGACCCCGAGGAGUCCCUGGAGCUCUCAUGGAAUGUCAGCUACCCCCAGGAGGCCAUCUUCUUCCAGCUCCUGGUGAAGCAGCUCAAGGCUGGAGUCCUGUUUGGGAUGUCCGACCGUGGCGAGCUUGAGAACGCAGACCUCGUGGUGCUCUGGACCGAUGGGGACACUGCCUAUUUUGCGGACGCCUGGAGUGACCAGAAGGGGCAGAUCCACCUGGAUCCCCAGCAGGACUACCAGCUGCUGCAGGUGGAGAGGACCCCAGAAGGCCUGGCCCUGCUUUUCAAGAGGCCCUUUGGCACCUGCGACCCCAAGGAUUACCUCAUCGAGGACGGCACAGUCCACUUGGUCUACGGGAUCCUGGAGGAGCCAUUCCGGUCACUGGAGGCCAUCAACAUCUCAGGCCUGCGGACGGGGCUACAGAGGGUGCAGCUCCUGAAGCCCAAUAUCACCUUCCCGGCCACGCCCUCAGACACGUACACCAUGGAUAUCCACGCUCCCGAUAUCCAGAUCCCCAACCAGGUGACCACGUACUGGUGCUACAUCCACGAGCUUCCCGAGGGCUUCCCUCGGCACCACAUUGUCAAGUACGAGCCCAUCGUCACCAAGGGCAACGAGGCCCUCGUGCACCACAUGGAAAUCUUCCAGUGUGCCCCCGAGAUGGACAACGUCCCCCACUUCAACGGGCCCUGUGACUCCAAGAUGAAACCUGACCACCUCAACUACUGCCGCCAUGUGCUGGCUGCCUGGGCCCUGGGUGCCAAGGCAUUUUACUACCCGGAGGAAGCCGGCAUUGCCUUCGGGGGCCCUGGGUCCUCCAGAUACGUCCGCCUGGAAGUUCACUACCACAACCCACUGGUGAUAGAAGGACGGCGCGACUCCUCAGGCAUCCGCUUGUACUACACAGACAAGCUGCGGCGCUUCAAUGCGGGGAUCAUGGAGCUGGGACUGGUGUACACGCCAGUGAUGGCUAUUCCACCGCGGGAGACCGCCUUCGUCCUCACUGGUUACUGCACGGACAAGUGUACCCAGCUGGCACUGCCUCCCUCUGGGAUCCACAUCUUCGCCUCUCAGCUCCACACACACCUGACUGGGAGAAAGGUGGUCACGGUGCUGGCCCGGGACGGCCGGGAGUGGGAGAUCGUGAAUCAGGACAAUCACUACAGCCCUCACUUCCAGGAGAUCCGCAUGUUGAAGAAGAUGGUGUCGGUCCAUCGGGGAGAUGUGCUCAUCACGUCCUGCACGUACAACACGGAAGACCGGGAGCUGGCCACAGUGGGCGGCUUUGGGAUCCUGGAGGAGAUGUGUGUCAACUAUGUGCACUACUACCCCCAGACGCAGCUGGAGCUCUGCAAGAGCGCUGUGAACGCUGGCUUCCUGCAGAAGUACUUCCACCUCAUCAACAGGUUCAACAAUGAGGAGGUCUGCACCUGUCCUCAGGCGUCCGUGUCUCAGCAGUUCGCCUCUGUUCCCUGGAACUCCUUCAACCGCGACGUACUGAAGGCCCUGUACGACUUCGCGCCCAUCUCCAUGCACUGCAACAAGUCCUCAGCUGUCCGCUUCCCGGGUGAAUGGAACCUGCAGCCUCUGCCCAAGGUCAUCUCCACGCUGGAAGAACCCACCCCACAGUGCCCCACCAGCCAGGGCCGAAGCCCUGCCGGCCCCACUAUUAUCAGCAUUGGUGGGGGCAAAGGCUGAGGGGGGCCUGCUCCUCCGUGCUGUCCCUGUGGGCUCACACCGGCACUGUGCACCCUACUCUGCGAGGAUCCCCAUGGAACAGCCCUGCAUGCCCAAGAUGAAGGGGCCAGACCAUGCCCCUGCCUGAGACCUUGGUCCAAUCCAGCCUUCUUCCCCCAGGGUCCCCUGCAUGGCUGAGAGGGUGUGGGGGCCCUGUUGACCUACCCCGGACCGAGUGGGUCACGACCUCGUCCAUUUAAACCGGCUUACUCAGUGCAGGGACAGCCUGCACAGUGAUCUAGGGUCCAGCCCUCCGCCAGCCCUGUUCCGCCUCACUGGGUGUGGCCAGGCUCCUGGGACAUGCGCCAUGCUGGACCGGGGUGCAGAAUCACCCAGAACGCCCCCGCCCCGCCCCUGCGCCGCUGCUCCCGCAGAAAGUGAUCGGUGUCGGUGUGCGGGGGGUGCGGGUGCUGCUUCAACAUUUUCCUGCGGAGUGGCUCGUGUUUCACAGUGGGCGGCUUCCCUGCGACGGAGGCAGGACCAGGCACUUAGCUAGUUAGAGACUCGCCUGGGAAAUUGCUCCAUUGCCGAGUAAAUAGAUAUUUUCGCCCACCUAAAGGGAAGCCCUGACAACAGCCAUCACCAAAAGGCGAGGCGGUGAGGAUCCAGCGGGGCUUCUAGGCGCCCCUUCCACGGGGGGGGCGGAGUUAUUAGCACCAGCGUGCUUCUCUGGAGGCGGGGCCAGCGCUGAACAGACCGGGGUGGAGUCAGGGCUGUGCUUCCCUUGUGGUUCUGCCACUCAGUGCAGAGUGCCUUGGGUGGGCCAUUGCACGUUCCUGACCCUCACUUUUCUCAUCUGUAAAACGGGGCUGAUGCCGUGCGGGCUAAUGAGCCAAUAAAGCUCACACUUGGGCUAGCACCCACUGGAGGUG